AGAGUAGUGUAGGCUGUGUAAAUGUGGCAAGGAUGUUCCACGUCUAGUGUUUUCGCGAGUGAUGGAAGAGGAACGCUAACAAGAAAGCUAAAAGGUCUAAACAUUUAUUCAAAGAUCAGUAUCAUUCGUUGCACUUUUCAAGAAACUGAAGACUCAGUUUUGACUGCUGUGAAUUUAAGCAUCAUCAGUAGAAGAUAAUGGAUACUUUUUUUACCCAGAACUUUGUUUUUAUAUGCAUUUUGCUGAUGGCUGUUGGCUCAGCCAUUCCGAAACCACAAGAUGAAAAAAAGAGAGUCAUGGAUAAGCCUCUGAGUGAUGAGCAGCACUACAGUGAUGACAGUGAACAUAACAUGGAUUACGAUCAUGAAGCUUUUCUUGGUGAAGAUGAAGCUAAAACCUUUGAAGAUCUUACACCAGAAGAAAGUAAACAAAGGCUUGGAAUAAUCGUGGAUAAAAUAGACAAAGACAAAGAUGGUUUUGUUGACCAGAAGGAGCUCCAGGAUUGGAUUCAGUACACACAGAAACGUUAUAUAUUAGAUGAUGUUGAUCGACAGUGGAAAGCUCAUAAUCCAGAUAAGAAGGAAAUCCUAAUGUGGGAAGAUUACAGGAAAGUUACGUAUGGAUUUUCAGAUGAUCUAGAGAAUGUAGAUGAAAGUGAUUCAGAAGGUGUGACUUAUAAGGAAAUGAUAUUGAGAGACCAGCGCCGUUGGAAAGCAGCAGACAGAGAUGGAGAUAAUGGAUUGAGCAAAGAAGAAUUUGCUGAUUUUCUUCAUCCUGAAGAAGCGAAACAUAUGCAUGAUAUUGUAAUCCAGGAAACAUUAGAAGACAUUGAUAAAGACAAAGAUGGCAAAGUUUCACUUGAAGAGUAUAUAGGUGAUAUGUAUGGUGGAGCAGGGGAAGGUGAAGAUGAGCCUGAUUGGGUAAAGAAUGAACGAGACCAGUUUACAACUUUUCGAGACAAAAAUAAAGAUGGUUUAAUGGACAAAGAAGAAGUGAAAGAGUGGAUCCUACCACCAGAUUAUGAUCACAGUGAAUCUGAGGCUCGUCAUCUUAUUUACGAAUCUGAUUCAGAUAAGGACCAGAAGUUAACGAAAGAAGAAAUUCUGGAAAAAUAUGACCUCUUUGUUGGAAGCCAGGCUACUGAUUUUGGGGAAGCUUUAAUGAGACAUGAUGAGUUUUAGUCUGUAAUCUUUCAGUAUGAGAUAAAAAGAAAUUACAAUGUUCUCAUAUUAUUAAA